CUCAUCACCACUAAACCCAAUAUACCAAAAGUCUUCCCCCAAGUCUCUAUCUACCUCAAUAAUUCCACUCUUCUCUAUCUUCUUCUAUCACAGACCAGAAAAAAGAUUCCCAGAAAAUGGAGGGUCUUAUCCCUUUGGUUUACCGAACACUGAAGAACACCAAAAGCCGCAGGCAAUACGAGUGUCUCUCGUCCAGCGUACCUCAACCUCACAACAUUGCGGAUCUUGACGUUCAGAGUCAGAGUCCGAGUGGUAGUCAUUUCUAUAUGGAACCGAAUAAUAAUUCUGUUGAUGAGAGGAAUAUCGGCAGCUGCAGUCACCACCGACGGAUGUCCAUGGGAGAUGUCUCUUCGUCCGCGGAAGGGAUGAAAAUUACCAUGGAUUCUCCGACACCGGCAGGGACGGAACUUACGAGGUUUAGGAGCCACAGGAUGUUUUCAUGUGUGACCGGUUGCUAAAAGAUACGUACCAUCCUUUGCUUUUGCAAUCAAAUGUUCAUUGCAGGCACAAUUAGAACAUGAAUUUGUUAUUUGUAUGUAUGUAUGUAUGUAUGUAUGUAUCAUAAACAGAUGAUAUCGUCAUUAGAAGACAAGCCAACCCAAAGCCAUAGUAUGGUCCAAAACGAGGAAGCCAUUGAUAUUUUGUAUUCUCAAUUAACUAUCAAUAAAGUUGGAGCCUUUCUUUUAAGGUCCAUGGUCAUUACUCAACAAGCAACUAUAAACAAUCUAAAUAUAAAACUGACACAAAUUAACGAUGGAGAUAUAAAAGCGAUCAAUCCAAUAAUUUUGGUGGGUUCAAGUGAUAUUAGCUAAUAAUAAGAAGAAGAAGAAGGAAUUUUUUUUUGAAACAAUGAGUUUAUAAAAACCAAUAAUAAAGGGAGAGAAUGGAUUCCUUCUCGUUCGUUUUCAUUUCUUUUUUCUCUGUUUUUUAGAGAUUAAGCGAGUCCUCGAUUAAAUCCCAUUGCUUCGAAAUGAGCACGGGCGAACUUCUCAACGUCGACCCUGUAGAGCUCAAGUUUCCUUUUGAGCCGAAGAAGCAGAUCUCAUGUUCUUUUCAAUUGUCGAAUAAAACUGAUGAUUAUGUAGCUUUCAAGGUGAAAACAACAAAUCCGAAAAAGUAUUGUGUUCGUCCCAACACGGGGAUCGUUUUGCCUAAAUCAACCUGCGAGGUUAUAGUUACCAUGCAAGCGCAAAAGGAGGUCCCUGCUGAUAUGCAAUGCAAGGACAAAUUCCUCCUCCAAACUGUAAAAGCCCCUGAUGGUGCAACUCCAAAGGAUAUUACCGCGGAAAUGUUCAACAGAGAAGCUGGGAAUGUGGUUGAGGAAUGCAAGUUGAGAGUGGUCUAUGUUUUUUCACCUCAAGAUGCAGCUGCACAUGAUGGGUCUGAAGUAGGGUCUUCAAUGAGAGGAUCCGUCUCGGACAAUGGCCAGGCGAACGCUACUGAGUUCGUUAUGGCUGCAAGAACAUUUACAGAAGAAGUUCAAGAUAAAUCUCCUGAGGCAAAGGCUCUUAUAACAAAGCUGACUGAAGAGAAAAAUAAAGCAAUUCAACAGAAUAACAAGCUUCGCAAAGAGCUGGAACUGUUGAAGCGCCAAACCGGCAAAGGUGGCGGCGGUUUGUCAUUCAUGCUUGUGUUCUUGAUCGGCUUGGUCGGAUUAAUCACGGGAUAUAUCAUGAAGAGACCGUGAACGGCGACUGAUCUAGUCGGCUCAUCUGCCUGAUUUUCCCUUCAUCUGGAGAAGUGCAGUAAAACGGAAGAAAAACAGAGGGUCUUCUGCUGGUACUUGCAUUAGGUAACCUUAUGGAAUUAGCAAAAACUUGUUAAGGCUAAGGUCCUUUGGGUUUGGUA